AUGCCCCUGUUCCCUGUCCCUUUCAUGAACCGUCGUCGUCGCAGUAACAACACGGACAACGUCCCCUCCCCCUCUCGCUCCCGACCGCGACCGGAAUCAUGGGCCAUUAUCACCCUCGAUUCCCUUUCCCUCAUCUCCACUACCACCAUUGGUCAUGAACAUAUACCCCUCUCAUCCGAGUGUAAUGACGACAUGACCUUUGAGUCUCACAUCAUUCCGACCGACCUUGAUCCUUUCUCUCCCAUCACGAGCGAACCCUCUUUCACUUUGGAUCCAACGACCCAAGAUGAAAGAUGCUUCCCAAUCGAGGACACCACCUCGGCCGGCUCUUACUCUUCUGACUCACCUCCGAUCAUUCCACCACUCAUAUUUACUCCUCCUCGUCUACGAUCCUUGCUAGCACGCCCGCCGAUUAUCCCCAUUCUCCAUUUCACUUCUCCUGGUCUACGAACCUUGUUGACCGAUACUUCUCCAUCAUCACACGUCGCCAAGACUCGCUCGAUGACCAACGGUCGUUCCCAUCCUUAUCCCUCCAUCACCAACAUGUUAGUAAACGAAGAAAAAGCAUCCAUACCUUCAGGUAUCGUUUCUUCCAUGAACCGUUUUGGGACUUGGGAUCUGGACGUCAACCGUUCUCCCAGAGCUUCGGAUCUACACGUCGGCCGAUCCACUGCGGUUAGGGCCAACCCCAUGCCCGAGUCGGUGGUUACCGGGGAAAAGGACACUUGCAAACCGUCGAAUCCGAAACUGACCGGGAUGAAAAGGAGAACGGAUUGGAAGAAAAUCGACCUGGGGAUGAAUGAAAUGGAGAGAAUGGAAAGUUUGCCGGAAACUCCUACACCUUCAUCUCGUCGUGCUGUCACAAUAUAUUCAACCGAAUCCCACCCACCAUCACGUCCUUUACUGAGCUUUGAACCAAAAGAUGUGAAAGAGGGAGAUGAAGAGCAAGAGCAUGAAAUCAAUAAACAAGAUGGAGAAUAUGAAAUCGAUGAUGAACAAGAUUCAGAUUCAGAUGAUAGCGGUCUUGAUGAUUUUCAAACUCCUUCCAAAAUGACUCUCUCGGCGCUUCGUAAAACUUACAGUCGUCUCCGAGUCAAGCAUGAUCGUCUGAAAAUGCAAAAUGAUCAUCUGGUUGAUGAAAAAGAAGACUUGAUCGCAGCCCUUGACGCCAAAAUGUCAAACGAGGCUCAUGAAAAGCCGGUCGGACAAUCUCAACCGACCUUGGAUGAAACCAACAUUACCGUACGAGGUCACACCAGGAACCGAGGUGUGGAUCUGGGGAAAGGGAGUAUGAGUCUUGGGAAUGAUGAUGGUGGCUGGGGGAAGCAAGGAAAAGGAAAAGGAAUGACAGGAAGCAAAGAAAACUCGAAAUUGAAACGAUCAAUCGUCAUUGAUCAAGUGAUGACCACUCUCAGUCCGAUCUCGGAGCACAGUGAACCGGAUCUAACACCUAAUCGUGAUGGUCAUGGACAGGUCGGUUAUCGGACUCGAGAAAGGUUUACGACUAUGCAGAGUUUUGCUAGUUCUCGACAAGAUCAUGUCUUUACUAUAACCCACGAUACUCGUGCGAUUCGACAAGACACUUCAACUUGA